ACUCCACUUCAUCACUGCCCUGACUGUGACAACCCGUCCAUUCGCUAGCAGCCGUUGACCAAUGACCGGAUCGACGAGAAUUUUUUUUUUCACAUACCUAGCACGAGUAGCCUAGGUAGGCAACCUAGUAUUUUUGCAUAUAAAAUAUCCUGGUGCGAGCCUGACUUGUACUUUUUCAAGAUAUCUCAAUUUUCAAACACUACCAACCUGAAUUACUUCAGCCAUGACAACGUCAGAACAGGUCGACUGGACCAUUGCCACCUACGAGGAGUUGCUGGAUUUGGACAAGGACUUUGAAGAUGUCGAAACAGAAAUAAUUCGCCAACAGGUUGCUCUUACCAAGUCCCUAUAUGAGAAGAGAGAAGCGCUGGUUAAGAAGAUCGCCAACUUUUGGCCGCUGGUCUUUGAGCAGGCACCGCCUGAUCUAGACCAAUAUAUCCAACCUAGCGACUCUGCCGUGCUCUUGUCCGCGCUGACUUCAAUCUCGGUGUCUCACUUCGAGAUCGAAAAUGGCGGCAAUGGAGAUCCCCGCAGCAUUUCUAUCAAGAUGGAGUUUGGUGAGAACGAAUGGUUCGAAGACAAGGUCCUCGAGAAGAAGUUCUACUACCGUGUCGGUAAGGAUGGUGAGGAGGGCCUCGUCAGCGACCCAGUCCCCAUUAAGUGGAAGUCGCCGGACAAGGAUCUCACCCAGGGAAUGCUUGACCUAGUCAUGAAGGUCUGGGAGAAUGACAAGAAGAAUCCUGUUACCGACAGCACCAAGUUAAAGAAGGAGAAGGACUACACUCCCGACGAGAAGGCCUUGAAGAAGAAGAUCGAGGCUACCGGCCUAGGUGCAGUUUCUUUCUUCGGCUUUUUCGGAUACCGAGGUCUGAACAUCUCUGCUGAAGAGAGCCGCCUUUCUAUCGAGGAAGAGAAGAAGAGGAAGGCCGAAAGGGCUGCAGGAAAGACCACUGAACUCACGACUGAGGAGGAAGAAGACGACGACGAGGAUGACGAGGAGGACCCCUUGUCCCUCGAAAUCUUCCCGGAAGGCGAAGAAGUGGCGCUUGCCAUCAGCGACGACCUUUGGGUCAACGCCAUCAAGUACUUUGCCCAAGCCCAGGAGGCCGACUUCGAGGAUGAUGACGAGGACGAGGACAUGGAAGAUGACGACGAUGAGAAACCCAAAGCUAACGGUGCCCAACCCCCAUCUAAGAAGCGGAAAGCUUGAGCAAGUUUUGGAUGAAGUGACAUUUUCUAAUAUGAUUAUCUUUGCAGCGCGGAAGUGAAUGAAAAAGAAUAGGGGUCAGGAUUCUCACAGUGAGCGGUGGGCGGUUAUGAUGGACGGCGAGUUGCCGUCAAGUGCACUCGGGAUUUCGAUACCAAAAAAUAUUUCUUUUUAGACCGUCAAUAGAUAUCAAGACCUGAUAGAACGCCGGAUGUGCGUCUCAGGUAAUUUGACUUUGCAUACAACUCUUUGUUUGGUUCCUCGAGUAUGGCGAGUUUAUUUGAACUGUCUGUCGUGUUUGAAUAUUUCGUAGUUGUAAGUAGUUGGUGCUGGCUGCUGAUGGGUUAGGACAGCUCGGUAAAAAAGAAAUAUGAGGAAAGCCCCUAAUCGAAUUUACAACAGAAAGCGCCAAUGUAAG